AUGAUGGAGUACAUGCAAGAGGCGGAUAAGCGGGAAACUGGAGAGGCUGAAAAGGAGGAAGAGAUUUCUCAGAAAAUCGUCGAAGAUCUGCAGCGAGAGCAGAGAGCACUGGAGAAGAUGCGAGGUAACCUUGCCAAGCUCCUGGCUCAGGAGAACGAGAAUUCACUGGUCUUGUCGGAACACGAGUCAUCGGUCACAACCGUGAAGAAGAGGCUGAGCCUGAUCAAGUCGCAGAGCAAACAGCUGCAGAGCAGGAUCAAAGAGGCGGAGACGUCGUUGCAGAAGAGCUACGAGAAAUUCAAGGGCAGGGUGCAGCAGCAGGAUGAAGAAUGA